CCGCACCUCCGAACCGGUUUCGCCCCGCAGAGCCGGCAGCUUUAGGUGCUGCGGCUGCGGUUCUCGCUCCGCCGCGGCUCCCGGGCCGUAGCGGUCUCAGGUGUGCCUUAGCUCGGGCCAGUGCCAUGAUCCGUCAGGAGCUCUCCACAUCCUACCAGGAGCAAGUGGAGGCGCCGGCGCCCUCCUCCCAGCUGGAACGAUAUGCGGGAGGCAAGCCCAAGGCCUCGCGGCCCCUUGCAGCUGAGUGAGGAGUUGGAUCAGGUGGUUGAGAACUCAGAGCGGGCGGACGAGCGGGAAAAGGAGACAGACGGAGUCCAAGGUCCAGGAGUCUUACCAGCCCUGGACAGCGAGUCGGCCUCCAGCAGCAUCCGCUUCAGCAAGGCCUGCCUGAAGAACGUCUUCUCGGUCCUGCUCAUCUUCAUCUACCUGCUGCUCAUGGCCGUGGCGGUCUUCCUGGUCUACCAGACCAUCACAGACUUCCGUGAGAAACUCAAGCACCCUGUCAUGUCGGUGUCUUACAAGGAGGUGGAUCGCUACGACGCCCCAGGGAUUGCUCUGUACCCAGGUCAGGCCCAGUUGCUGAGCUGCAAGCACCAUUACGAGGUCAUUCCGCCUCUGAGGAGCCCCGGACAGCCGGGCGACGUGAACUGCACCACCCAGAGGAUCAACUACACGGACCCUUUCUCCAGCCAGACCCUGAAAUCUGCCCUGAUUGUCCAGGGGCCCCGCGAGGUGAAGAAGCGGGAGCUGGUCUUCCUCCAGUUCCGCCUGAAUGAGAGUAGCGAGGACUUCAGUGCCAUCGAUUACCUCCUCUUCUCGUCUUUCCAGGAGUUCCUGCACAGCCCAGACAGGGUGGGCUUCAUGCAGGCCUGUGAGAGCGCCUAUUCCAGCUGGAAGUUCUCCGGGGGCUUCCGCACGUGGGUCAAGAUGUCCUUGGUGAAGACGAAGGAAGAGGACGGGCGGGAAGCGGUGGAGUUCCGGCAGGAGACUAGUGUGGUGAACUACAUUGACCAGAGGCCAGCCGCAGAGAAAAGUGCUCAGCUGUUUUUUGUGGUCUUUGAAUGGAAAGAUCCUUUCAUCCAGAAAGUCCAAGAUAUAAUCACCGCCAAUCCUUGGAACACAAUCGCCCUUCUCUGCGGGGCCUUCUUGGCGUUAUUUAAAGCAGCGGAGUUUGCCAAACUCAGUGUGAAAUGGAUGAUCAAAAUUAGGAAGAGAUACCUGAAAAAAAGAGGUCAGGCGGCAAACCACAUAAGCUGAGGUGGCCUGUGGUGUUCGUAGAACUGCCCCCGGUGAUGGAAGUUCUCGUCACUUCUGGUUUGGUAAACGGAGCGACCAGCGGCCCUGUGCUCACUGGCAACGGGCUUUGCCGGGAGGAGCAGCCUGCGAGACUGCUUCUAACCUGGCCCCAAAAGAGGAUGUUUAGAGCCUAAUGGAACAGAUCCAGUGGAAAACCUAUUUAAGUAUUUAAAUUAUUAGUGAACAUUUGUGGACGUGUGACUAGGGAUUGUGGAAGAUGGAAUUAGAUAUGUAUCAAGUUUUCUGAAGGUUUGUGAAGCUGCCUUUUUUAUUUGGUUUAGUGUAUAGUUCAGCUCUAACAAGAUAAUUAAGGCUCUACAUCUCACCUUAGUUUUUUUUCCCCUGACGUUUUUAAAGUGGACAGAAGAGAGUGUGAUUUUCUGUUUCCCCAGAUCCUGAUGACGCAGACGUGCAGGGUAGGCGCACACAGAGGCGGAAUCCUGUUUAUGACCCCGGUGUCAUCUGCCGGCUGCGCUGUCUGGCCACGUGCUCCCAUUUGUUAAAUUUUAAGUGGGACUUCUUAAAGCUACUAGAAACUAGUGCGAAGAUUUCUUGUGGCUCGACUAGCCACCUGCCUGUCUGGCUCGAAUAUGCUGAUGCAGGCGUAGGAGCGCAGCGAGGAGCACCCCGGAGCACCGGGACGUGUGCACAGAGGAGGGGCCUACUCGGUGUAUUUUGAUGAUUUUAUUAACAGGUAAAUAAAAGGUUAAUGCAAAAGGCC